AUGAGACUUUUAAUUUUACUCUUUGCUUUGUUAGCUGUUACUGUCAGCACUGCCACUCCAUUCAAAUGUGGACCAAAGAUGUGUGGACCAGGUCAAACUUGUGAGUUUGAUUGUGUUACCAAUCAAUACCAAUGUGUUUACAAAUGUGAUUAUGUAACAGUUACCCAAAAGGUUGUAAGUUCAUGGGCUGAUAACAAUGGUCAAAUUCCAUACGUCCAACUUGAAGUCACUGUCACCAACCACGGUCCCAGAGUUGUAAAGGAUGUGUUAAUGGGAACCUCUGGAAUGAAUCUCAAAGACGGUAACGCCAUCUGGUCAGUUGAUAGAAUCGGUUCUGAUUUGUCACUCCCAUCAUAUGUCUCUCAAUUGGCUGUUGGUCAAUCUCACAAGUUUGGUUACAUUAACAAGGGAACUCAAGCCGCUUAUAUCUACGUAAAGAAUGUUCAAUUAGUAUAA